UAGCUAGCCUGCGCCGGCAGGCGAGGAGGCAAGACCAAUAGCCGAAAACCACCACCACCAUCGAGCUAGCUGGCCGGAGCCAUCAUCAGCCAUGACAGAGCUGGCGGCUGGCGCCGUGAAAUCGCUGCUGGUGGUCAUCCGCAACGAGGCGGUGCUGCUGGGCGGCGUCCGUGACGACGUGCAGUUCAUCAAGGAGGAGAUGGAGAGCAUGAACAGCUUCCUGGCGCACCUGGCCCGUAGCGCGCCGGCCGGCGGCGAGCACGACGAGCAGGUGCGCACGUGGAUGAACCAGGUGCGGCUGCUCGCCCAGGACUGCAACAACUGCAUCGACCUCUACGUGUACAGCGGGAACCCGGAGAUCCACCGUGCCAAGGGCAGGCUCCGGCGCCACCUCUGGUGGGUUUACUGGUCGGUGCGCAAGAUGGUCGCGCAGCACCGCGCGGCCGUCCAGCUACGCCAGCUCAAGGACCGGGCGCGGGACGUCGGCGAGCGACGGCUGAGAUACGGCGUGGAGGUUCCAGCCAACUCAGUCUCAGUGCUAGGGCAGGCUGAUGCAACAGACGACUAUGCUAGUGGAGACGAUGAAGAAGACUACUAUGAAGAUCAACUUGCGGUGGCAACGGCGACCCAUCAUUCUGCUCGAAGGGCCGUCUUUGAUGCCCCUACUCUAGAUGACUAUGUGAAGAGGAAGCUAUUGACGUGGGAAGAAGAAACUCCUCAUGAAGCCAUCGAGACACAGUCCAUUGCUGUUGUGGCACCGGAUGCACAUAAUAAGGAAGUCCUUGCUCUUGCACAUGAAACAUUAGUUGCUCCAGGCUAUUACUACCGUCAUAGUAUCAUGGUCAAUAUCCCGGCGGUGCACCUCAAUUUUUUAUCGCUACGACCCAAGGAGGUCCUCUUCUACAUCUUGCGGGAGCUCAAGCGGGAAGAAGCAGCCGGAUCCAAGAAGCAGCCCACAGAUCAAGGUAAAUGGGAGGAGGAGGAUCCUGACCCAUGGCAAAAUUACUACAAAAAAUGCUGCAUUUACCGUAGCAAAAAAAGGGCGCUCCACAAAAUCAAAAGGAGAAUAGAGAAGAUGAAUAUUUAUGAAAGGCUUGAGAAGAUGAAGAGUGAUAUUCAAGAUGGACAACAGAAGAGAGAGAAGCAACCGUUGCUUCAGCUACGAAAGAAGGGUGUGGAUCAAGUAGACCUACCUGUACUCAUUCAACUGUUGCUGCUCCAGUCUCAACAAGACCAAGCAAAGAACAAAUCAGUAGACAUGCAUAAAUUACCAGAGUGGAACGACAACAUCAUCACAAAAAUAGCCAUGAGGCUUAAGGAGUAUAUGGAAGUAGAUGAAAGCAGAAGCAAGCAAGGAGGUGGAGAAGGAGAGAACAAGGGAGAGGAAAACGAUCGUGAAAAAGAGAAAGAAGAAGGAGAAGAAGAGAAUAAGGAGGAGCAAGAGGAUAGGAAUGAGGGUAAGGAGAAAAAAGAGGGAGGAGAAGGACAACACACGAAGGAGAAGGAGCAGCACAAGAAGCAGGAACAUGAGCAGGAUCAGGAGGUGGAGAAAGAAGAAGAAAGGAAGGUGGAGGAGCAGAAUAGUGAGGAAACAAAGAGGAAAGGGAAAAAAGAAGAACAAGUAGGAGAGGAGGAAGAGGAAGAAAAGAAAGAACAAAAUGAUGAAGAUGAGGAUGAUGAUGAUGAUGAUGAUGAUGAUGAGGAGGAGGAGGAGGAAGAAGAAGAAGACAACCCGAUUCAUCUUCAUGUAGCUCAAUAUGCACAGAUUCUACGAGAAGUGUUCCCAAAGAUCGCCAGUAGCAAGGCUCAGCAGCAAGACAAAUUGGCUGCCAAGCAAGCAACAAAGGUUGUAACGACUACAUUGGACGAGGACCAAAUCAAACAAAUGAUCAACGAGGCUAAUCAAGAUGUCUUAAGGCAGAUCCAGGGAGGCAAAUCCGAUAAGAAUCAAGCAAAAGGUGAACUUGAUGUUCCACCAGAUAAGAAUCAAGCAACAGUUGAAUAUGCAGGUGUUCCAGAUCAGAAUGAAGAGGCUUGUUUUGAAGAAAUAGAACAGAAGAUUGAAGAAAUCAAACAGGAAUUUAAAGAGCAGCUAAAAAUAAAAGGGAUCGUGGACAAGAUCAAACAUCACUUGACCGAGUACAUGAUCAAACAUGAUUUAGAGAAUGAGUGCCCCCUCAUUAUCCUAAAAGUUGACAAGAUGAUGGAUGGAUCUAGAUGGGAGGAGAUUAGAAAGGCUUUGAGCUUAUUGGAAUGCAGUGCCGAUGCACUGAUCUUCACUACAGAGAGCACCAAACAAGCUAAAGGAUAUUGCUAUCCACCACGAGAGCCUAUAGAUUAUUCUCUUGUUGGUCUCUACCAUUACACGGUUCUCAGGCUUACUAGCAAGCAGAAGAAUACAGAAAAUUAUGACCCUCAGAUUUUCCGUGACAUCUUGGAGGGGUGUAAAGGGCAUGAAUUCUGCAUGAAGGUCUUUACGCAUGCUUUGUAUACUAACCCCAAGAGGAGUAAUGAAGAGUUAAGGAAGUUGUAUAGUACCCUACAGGAUUCACAAAAAUCAUUCGACACCAUAGCCAAGAAGAUGUUCAUGUACUCUUACAAUGAUCUGCCUAAAGAAUACAAGUCAUGCUUGCUGUACCUAGCUAUCUUCCCCAAGGGACAAAAGAUCAGGCGGUCAACCUUGAUUGGACGAUGGGUUGCAGAGGGGUUGACAUUUAAGGAAGAUUGGCCUAGUUCUGUGCAUGAGGCAAAUCGAUGUUUUUAUGCUCUCAUCCGUCGGUGGCUUGUUUGUCCUGCUGAUAUUAGUGCCAUGGGAAAGGUCAAGAGCUGUGUGGUAGGUGAUCCAGUUCAUGGGUUCAUUACCGCAAUUGCCAGAAAACAACAUAUUGUGGAGACACGCCUAUCACACCACUUGGCUCGCCACUUCUCCAUUUUUAAUGAUCUCCGACUUCGUAGCUCUGAUGGAAUUCAGACAUUCUUGCAAAGCCUCUCUCAAUCAUCUCGAGUAUCGCUACUCAAGGUGCUAGAUUUAGAAGGUUGUCAAUGCUUUGGUGGCAAGAACCAACGGUACCUCAAGGACAUAUGCAGCAAGAUGCUACUACUUAAGUAUCUAAGCCUAAAGGGAACAGAUAUUACCCAGCUGCCCAGUGAAAUCAACUGCCUCCGUGAGCUAGAGGUAUUGGAUAUCCGAGAAACCAUGUUGCCUACAAAUGCAACAGUUAAUGUCCUACUCUUGAAGCUAAAGCGUCUACUUGCUGGCCGCACUGAUCCAAAUCCAAGAAAUUUUCGCACUAGCGUCCGGAUUCCUUCCAGGAUAGACAAGAUGGUAAGCAUAGAGGUACUAUCUAAUGUUAAGGCACAACACCGUGAUGAUUUGGAAGAUAUUGGAAAGCUAUGGCAGUUGAGGAAGCUAGGUGUGGUUAUUAAUGAUAAGAAAAGUCACAUUGAGAGUUUUCUUAAAGUGAUAUGUGAUCUACAUGAGUGCCUCCGUUCUCUAUCCAUCACUAUUCUCGCACACACAGUAGAAGGUACUUGUUCAAGCCCAGAGUUACCAAAUGAUAUUGGCUCUAGCCUAGAUUACCAUCCCAAGAUUCUUGGGAGUCUAACCAUCAGUGGAGCCAGACAUAUUUUUCCAUUGUUGAUCAAAGGUGGUAACAAGAAGCUUGCCAAGGUAACUCUAAGUGGCACCCCGCUGAACCAAAAUGAUCUGAAUGUCCUCGCCAAGCUACCCACGUUACAGUGUGUCAGGCUCCGGCACAUUUCAUACUCCGAGAGCGAGCUCAUCUUCAAGAAAGAAGAUUUCAAAUGUCUCAACUACCUUCUUAUCGAGGGUUCUAACUUGAUUAAAAUCGCUUUUGAGGUCCGAGCAGCCUGUGAGCUCAAGAAGAUGGUUUUAUCUUCCACCUGCAUAGAGUCUAUUUCUGGGGUUGAUGAGCUUCCAAAAUUCGAAGAGCUUGAGUUGAGCAACAUCAGCUGUGGAAGGUUGCUAUCGUCAUUUCAAAAUGCCAAACAUAUAUCCAAGCUGACUCUUCGUGGUAUAUUGCUAAAGCAAGAUGAUCUGCAAAUCAUCUCCAAUAAACUGAACAUACGUUGCCUAGUGCUCUUGGACAACUGUUUUGACACAAGUCAGAACCAGAUCACCUUCCCAAAUGAAGAGUUCAUAUGGCUCAAACUUCUUAUUGUUGACGGCUCUGUCAUCACCAAGGUUGACUUCACCAGCGGAUCAGCUCCAAGGCUAGAGAAGAUUGUCUGGUCACCUUUCACAUCUCUCUCAGGCAUCGACAACCUUCCUAGAUUGAAGGAGCUCGAGUUCAAAGGAUACCCUGUCCCAGAUGAGGUGAAAAAAGCCGUUGAAAAGAACGGAAGGAUAAAUCUUAAACAUAAUAAACCAUAAACUUGGAAGACCCGACAAAACGGAGGUGAACAAGAGGACGAAGACAAUUCUGGAAGAAACAGGUUUGUGUGUGCUAGUGUGUUUAUUUCUUUAUGAUGUGCGUCAGCGUGCCUUUUAUGUUCUGCGUGAUGGAAUAAUUCUUGCUUUCUGCUCUGUCUUUCUUCCUUACUCUGUUUCACGGUUCGAGUCAGUGUAAGCUCGAGGCUUGCUUGUUCAAGCCGGAGCGAGUCCUUACCUAAGUUGGCGCGGCAUGCACGCCGGCGUGUGUGGGAUGGCACACGAUGCAGGUGGGCAUGGCGGGCGAGUUAGUAAUGUCGUUGGCGCGGCGUCGCGUGCGUAGUGGCAUCAAGGCCGCGAUUUCGUUUGUGUAUUAGCUGUGUGAAGUUUCAAGGCAGUCCAGAAAAUGCUGCCGCUUGGCAGCACCAAAAACUCUCUUCCUCUUCGAGUUCUUCGGUUCCUCGUCAAAGUUCAGAGCGAGUUCUUUUAUCUGGCUUGCUUGCUUGUGACAGUGUGACACUGCUUGUGUUUCAACUGAGUGUGUUCAGUUACUUGCUAUGCGUUAGUGCCUUGUGCCUCUGAUAAUCUGACUGUGGCUAAAAUGCUCCUGUCUAUGCUGGGAUUUCCACUUGUGCGGUUGUUUUCAUUUAUCGAACACCAUAUGCAUUUAUGUACAUUUUUGUGUAAUGGUAAGUGUAAACAUUUGCGUAC